UUCUCAUUCUAUAGUUCACAAAUUUUACCCAAUAAUUCCAUACUAACUUUAGAAUUUUCAACAAAAAAGAUUUGAUUUUUCUUGGAAGGAUUCAAUUAGGGUUUAUUUCAUGUACAAGCCAGUUCUGGGAGAUUCAUUAACGCCGUUAGAGAUGACGCCGGCGUUAUUCCGCCGGAGCUCCAGUUUCAGCAGCCUGGUGCCGUGCCUGACGGAAACGUGGGGCGACUUGCCGUUAAAAAUGGAUGACUCUGAAGACAUGGUCAUUUACGGCCUCCUCCGUGACGCCGUUAACGACGGGUGGACGCCGUUUAACGCCGUUAAGCCGGAGGCGAUAGGGUUUGAAGCCGACGGCUCGGAGUACGGCGCAGCUCCGACGGCGGCGAGCCGACACUACAGAGGCGUACGGCGGCGGCCGUGGGGGAAGUUCGCGGCGGAGAUAAGGGAUCCGGCGAAGAACGGCGCGCGCGUGUGGCUCGGGACCUACGAAACGGCUGAGGAAGCGGCGUCGGCUUACGACCGAGCGGCUUACAGGAUGCGCGGCUCGAAGGCUCUGCUGAAUUUCCCGCACAGGAUCGGCUUGAAUGAACCGGCGCCGGUUCGGAUCACGGCGAAGCGGAGGUCGUCCGAGUCGUCGGGUUCGACCGUAUCGACCGGUUCGGAGAGCGGCUCGCCUAAGCGGAGAAAGAAAGCGGCGGAGCCGGAAGUAGAGAGCUUAAUGACGACAGCAUUGCCAGUUGGCGGACAGUUAUUGGUGGUCUGAAAUAGGGGCAUGUUUGGCUGUCGAAUUUUAUAUUAUUAAAGUGACAUUUGUACUGUACACAAAAUCCAAACACUGCUGGGCUGCCAAUAUCGACGGUCCAGAUUGAAUGAUGUAUAUUCUAUGGGAAAGAGAUUUGAAAGAUAUUGAGAGAGUGUGUGCUUGUUUAA